UAGCCAGCAAAGUCUACCAAGACAACCUGUUGGGCCUUGUCGUGGAUGAAGUUCAUCUCACAUACAAAUGGUAAAUAUACUUAAUGGUACGAAUAAUAUGAACAAUGUAAGGUGCAAUCGAAGCUACCACAACUAGCUACUCUGAUGUUACAUGCAACUCUGUGAUGUUUCACGAUAGUCUAGCCCACUGACUUACUUUAACCAUCUAAGUUACGGUAGCAGCAAACCAUUCGAAAUCAAAGCUAACGUCAUCGUCCACACAAACAGCGAAUUGUUUUGGAAUCCUGCAUAAUGUAAUGUGUGAGCUUUUGCGAUCGGUUUUUGGAACACUAGAGCUCUAUGCACAUUCCGAAACGAUUAGCUGCUAUCAUUCCGGUCUGCUCCUAACAUUUAACAGUGGACUGAGAGAUUGGGGUGUACAUUUUACUUGUAGUCUGCCUGAGUUGAUGACGCGCGGGCGGUUGUUUUAAGUGUGCCAUAGCUGAUGUCACAUUGGUUGUGUUUUUAUUUUAUUUGUUCCAGGGGAAAGGCUGCUAGAGGAGAGAAGGCUUUCAGAGAGAGUUUUGCCAGACUGGCCGAGCUACGGUCCAUUGUAAAACCAGGUACACCUAUUCUGGCCUUGACAGCAACGGCAGACCUGGACUCGCAAGCUGUUGUCAAAAGGCAGUUACAUUUGGAGAAUGCCACUGAAGUAAUCAUAAGCCCAAACAGAAAAAACAUAAGGCUUGGACUGUCUACAGUGUCUUCAGAUAGCAUGGAGUGUCUGAACUGGAUUGUGAGGGCGGUUAAAGAGAAGGGUCCAACAAUGGCACCAAUAAUCAUCUACUGCCGUACAUUGCCUAUGUGCGGGAAGGUGUUCUGUCACCUACAGUAUGAACUUGGUGAGGACAGCUGGGUGGAUCGGGAUCCAGAACACACGGCAGAAAACCGACUCAUUGGCAUGUUUCACAGCCAAACACUUCCCCAUCACAAGAUCACAGUACUGGAAUCAUUACGUGGCAAUGGUUCAUGCAGAGUGGUUGUAGCCUCCACAGCUCUGGGAAUGGGACUGAACUUUCCUAACAUAUCACAUGUUGUGAUGUAUGGCUCACCUGAGGAUGUGGAGGCCAUUGUACAAGAGGUUGGCAGGGCCGGGCGAGAUGGGUCUCCAGCACAUGCCAUAAUUUACAAAUUGAAGCAGGAAGCAAGAGUGAAUGAGGGCGUUAAGACACUGUUGAAGAAGGGCAUCACUAGUUGCCUUAGGAAGGCCUUAUUCUCACACUUCGAACAAAACACUGAGUGUGUUCUGCCGGGCCAUUUGUGCUGCUCAUACUGCCACUCUGUUUGCUCUUGCAGCUCUCCCAGUUGUGACGUGGCAAUACCCGAUUACGAACUGCCUCAACAGUACACUCAUGCCGUUGUCAAAAGCAGAGAAGUUACAGAGGAUCAAAGACUGACGAUUAGAGAUACUCUGUACAGGUACAAGCUCAGCUUAGUCCAGAACAUGCCUCUGUACACUAACAGCAGCGACUGCACUGGUUUUAGUAACGAGCUGAUAGACUGUGUUCUUGAGCGCUGCACAGAUAUAUUUGAUCUCCCAUUCAUAAUGGACAACCUACCGGUGUUCAGUAAAAGGCACGGACAGGAAAUUCUCAGCAUUAUUUUUAAUGUCUUUGGGGAUUUUGAAUACACUGAAGUUGAUCUGCCUGUGGAGGAAACUAUGGUGCCAGACCAAGACUACACAGGUUACUUUGACUCUGACUCUGAUGCAAACGCCUUGUCCCAAUGGAGCAGUCUAGAAUCCGGGGUGUCACAGUUGAGUACAGACUGAAACAUUUGUUAGUCAUUUCAUAUGACCACUGUACAUACCUCUUACAUCUUUGAAAGUACUGCCUGAAUACUUAUGUCAGAUGACUGCCUGUAAAUAAAAUUGAAGAACGAUCUCAAUUCUUGUUUAAGUGUUUAUUUACAUUUACAGAAAAAGGGUGAAUUAGUUGUGUACUUAAUAAUGUGCAUAUUAUUUACAAUGGGACAUAAAAAGCAACAUACCCAGGAUUUAAAAAUGGAAAUCAGUAGUCAAAUAGUAUUAAGAAAAGAAAUGCAAGAUAUUCUUGAUUGUGAAAUGGUAACCGGUAGUAAAAUACUGUAGAUACAAAGUAAAAAAAAAAAGUGACAAUGUUACAUACAAUGUGCUUUAAAGUGACUGGGUUGGAACUGGCUGGUUCAAUUGAGUUUAAACAUGUUUUACAAGUCGAGAUACUCGCAGCAAACACUGAAAAAUUGUGCUAAAUAAGUGAAAUUAAAUACGCCUGUUAGAAGAGGCCUGUAACAGUCUAGACAAUAUUUUGACAAACUGAAUGCAUGGUAAAGUGCAGAAAGGUAAGGGUGCAAUUAUGAGUCAUCAAGUGUUAAUGCUUAAAUAAGUACUGCAUAGAUCUGAAGGUACCUAUAGGGACUUCACAAGACAAGA